ACAGAAUCCCAUUUCCAGCCAGCACUGGUACAGUUACAGGGAAAUCCUGAUCUUCAUCCCCGUGUCCGUAUGAAAGUCAUAACGCCUUCUCAUGUGCAUAACCUUGACCUUACAAGAGCUUCACGUGUGCUUCAUGAAUCGGUCAGGGUAAUUUCUGUAGAGCCGGGUGAUGAGGAGGAAGAAGAGUUCAGAAUAAGCGAAAUUGACCCUGACCUGCAUCUUCUAGAUGGAAACUUUUUCGAGAACCACUCCACAGGAACUAUCCUGAGCAUCCACAAACGUCCUGACGGCAAAUACCACGUGGAAGGUCACUUGAGUCACAGCAUCGUCAUAGCCCCACCAGGCUCUGGCACCAGGCACAAACGGUCUACCGGUGACCACAAGGGUCAUUUUGUCUACACGACUGGGGCCGAGGAUUAUGACAGAGACUUGUCGGGUGGUGAGGCUAUCAUCAAUGUUCUCAACAGGUAG